AUGGUCUUCAAAUCCAGAUUUCCUGAACCCGAGCCUGCCACCGAGGAUGUCUUUCGAUGGAUUUUCCACCAUCGUCGAGACUAUCCUUCGGACAGGGUCAUCUACCGCGUCGAUGGCAGCAAUGAGACUCUGACCGUGGCUGAGCUGGAACGCAAAAGCCGCCAAUUCGCCUACGCGCUGGUGAAUAGGUACUCUGUCAAGCCAGGGGAUACUAUUGGGAUUCUGGCUUCGGAUUCGAUCGGGUACCCAAUCGCCUACCUCGGAAUACUCGCAGCUGGGGCCAUAGUCGAACUGGUGCCUCUGCAGAAAGAGCUGGCGGCGAAGGAUGUCACGUCUCGGCUGGACCAGGCUGAAGCGAAGCUGCUCGUCACAGACCUACCUCUGCUCAGUAAGGCACUCGAAGCAUGCGCGACUUUGCCAUCCGUCGCGCUCCUCGCUCUUGAUGGCACAAGCUCCCAGCUCAAUUUUUUCAACGAUGGGUGUCCCGAGUACCACGGCUUCCACCUGGAGACGCGAGAAGAAGCGGAAUCUACUGUUGCCUUCGUCAACAGGACCAGCGGUUCUACUGGUACCAUGAAGUCUGUUCAGACGACACACGGAUACUUCAUCGCCGUCCUGCAGUCCACGCUGCACACUAUUCCCGCCAACACGGACCCAGACAAAGACACAUGGCUGUCAUCCUUGUCUCUGGGCUUCUUCAUCAACGCCAAGCUGCACAUGGGCCUGAACAUCUUGUUAGGCAUUCCGGUGGUUAUCAUGCAGAAGCCCUUCGAUCCCACCACUUUCGACAUUGUCGAGCGCCACAAGAUCACUUUCUUAUUCGUCCCGCCGGCUCUUGCAGCCCCGCUAGCCAAUUACGACACCUCCAAGACGAAGCCCGACGUCAGCAGCAUCAAAUGGCUGCUCUCUGCAGGAGCGCCCAUGCAUGAGGGGCUGCAGCGGAAGAUCUCUAGGAUCCUCAACAAUGUCCACAUCGACAUGGAAUGGGGGACGUCGGAGACGUUACUCAUCGCGAUUCAGACUGACGGCCACGACAGCCCGGCUGGAUCGAGUGGCGUCCUGGUCAACGGCAUGGAAGCGAGAGUGGUCGAUACGACGACCGGAGAGGAUCUGGGACCAGGUGACCGAGGCGAGAUCCUCGUCCGUAACUCGGUGUGCCCAUUCGGAGGCUACAAGAACAAUGCUCUUGCCAACGCAGCUGCGUUUGACGAGGAUGGUUGGUAUCACAGCGGAGACUUUGGGUACAUCGAUGCGGACAACAACGUCUUCAUCACGGACAGGCUCAAAGAGCUCAUCCGUGUUGGCGGUGGCUAUGGCGUGCACGUCGCAGCCACUGAGAUUGAGGCCGUUCUGUUCGAGCACCCAGCUGUAGCCCAGGUGGUGGUGACUGGGUGUGUGAACGAAGUCACUGCUACAGAGCACCCAACGGCGUUUGUAGUGUUGAGCUCGGAGGGAGAGAAGGACAGGAUUGCCUCACAUGCAAGCCUUGAAGCGUGGGCAGCUGAAAAGUUGAACGGGCUGCAGCAACUCACCGGAGGCUUUGUUUUCUUGCCAAAGUUGCCUACUGUAAGCUUCAAGAUCAACCGGAGGGCUCUGAAGGGUCUUUCGAAGCUUGAUAGCAUUGCCCAAAGUGGACCGCGGUACCUGGAAGUCUAA